AGGUAUCUUCGCUUGGUUUGAUACCGGACAUCAUGGCGGCCGAUGACGAGUACGAUUUCCUUUUCAAGAUUGUCUUGAUUGGUGACUCUGGUGUCGGCAAGUCGAACCUGCUGUCGCGUUUCACUCGCAACGAGUUUAACCUCGAGUCCAAGAGCACAAUUGGUGUCGAAUUUGCCACCCGCUCCAUCAAGGUCGAGAACAAGACCAUCAAAGCGCAGAUCUGGGAUACAGCCGGUCAGGAACGUUAUCGCGCCAUUACCAGCGCCUACUACCGUGGUGCCGUUGGCGCCCUGCUCGUCUAUGACAUUGCCAAGCACCUGACCUACGAGAACGUGGAGCGAUGGCUCAAGGAGCUCCGUGAUCACGCCGACAGCAACAUUGUCAUCAUGCUUGUCGGAAACAAGAGUGAUCUGAAGCAUCUUCGUGCCGUGCCCACCGAAGAGGCGCAAAAGUUUGCUGAGGAAAAUGAUCUUUCCUUCAUCGAGACCUCGGCUCUUGAGGCUGAAAACGUCGAUGAUGCCUUCACCACCAUCCUCACAAAGAUCUACCACAUUGUGUCGCAAAAGCAAGUCGCAGCACCCGAGAAGCCGGACACGGUGAUUGACCCCACCAAGCCGCAAAACAGCAAAGAAAAGUCUGGUGGAUGCGGUUGCUCCUAAGCAAGCUUAUUAUCCCGCGAUUUCCUCUUCGCUUCGCCAGAUGGCGGCGUUUGGUCUCUUGUCCUGUGUCCUGUUCCUUUUUCUUAUGCUUUCACUUUGAUUCGUUGUUGAUUGGGCGACGCCCGCCCGACUUUGUCGUGGUUGGCGUCUGCGUGGCGCUGUCCUUUGCGUCCCAGGUCCCCCUUUGUUGAACGCUGUCCUUGACGUUUCGUGCCUUUGAUGUUCCGCAUUCACAUUUUCACGUUCUUCCUGCCCUGCUCCCAAUUCACGACCACUCUAUC